AUGAAGAUACUUUUGAUGUUUUUUAUACUGACAUACAUUAAGGACACCAGCAGUCAGAUCAAGCAUGUAGAUAUUUUGUUAAAUGGAUGCACUGAGACAGAUAAAGAGUUUGUAAUAGAAUUUGAUGGAGAAGAACUUGCUCAUUCAGAUUUUAAAAAACAAGUUCUUGUGGAGAGCUUACCUGAUUUUGCAGGCCAUAUUGGGUGGCCCGAGUUUUAUGAGUUCAGUCUCUCAGGGCAAAAAACCUGCAAAAACAACCUCAAUGUAGCAGUGAUUGCCUAUAAAAGUCCUCCAGAAGCCCUAGAUGUCCCCCAAAACUGUAUCUAUUCCAGUGAUAAUGUGCAAGUUGGUUCAGAGAACACACUCAUCUGUCAUUCAGCACGUUUCUUCCCUCCUCCUGUCCGCUUUACUUGGACCAGAAACGGUGUAAAUGUGACUGAUGACUCCUCACUCAGUCAGUUCUAUCCAAAUGAAGAUAACACCUACAACCAGUUCUCCCACCUGCCCUUCACUCCACAGGAAGGGGACAUUUACACCUGCACAGUGGAGCACAAGGCCUUGGAGACACCCGACACCAAGACAUGGGAGGUGGAAGUUGAACUUCCCAGUGUGGGUCCGGCUGUGUUCUGUGGAGUGGGUCUGGCUGUAGGACUGCUUGGAGUCGCUACUGGAUCUUUUUUCCUUGUCAAAGGAAACCAGUGUAACUGA